CAAGUAUAAAUGUUGUUUCCGCUUUCAGAAAUGUCAUCUUCGAGCUCGUCAGCCAAAAGUAAAAGAUCCGCCCGACGAUGCCUUUUUGGGCGAGCUGAUCCAGCCCUGACACAGCAAUGGCUGAACGAAAAACUCGAGGAAAUUCGACGAAAAGAGGAAGCAAAAUGGGGUUUUAACUUCUCUUGUGAAGUUCCCCUACCUGGAACAUCUGAAUAUGAAUUCACUCCGAUUGCCGAGGAUUCUGUACCGGAAUUCUAUAGAACCAAGCUGAUCUCGUCAGCUGUCAGCUCACCCACUAAAGAAAACCAAGCCGAGUUGUCAACAUCUGACGAGUCUGAUUCCUCGAUGAUGGAUGUCUCAAUGAGUCCUAUCACACCGGCUAAGCGCGAACAUGCUACACCAAAGAAACGCCAUGGAAAACUCACCGAUUACAUGGUGGUUCGUAAGAAGCGUCUCCAACACUCACCAAAACGACUCGACAUUGUCUUGCCAGAAAGUGGUCGCCUAGCGGCUCGGGUUUGAAAGAGCUCGCUUUACCAGCCCUAGUCCCGAAGGGCCCUUGGUCCCUCGUUUUUAUUUUCUCACCCUGUGAUAUACCAAAGAGCUCUAUCCAAAGCUCCUCCGGGUUUUCUAAUUUUUUCUCGUAUUUAUAUCUAUCUCACUCGCUAACUCACUUUUCUUCUAAAUAUUCACGCUGCUGUGUCCUACGGCCUAUGUCGUUGCCAAAUUUGUAUCUAUAGCUGUGUGCUCCCGGCUUUUCACUAGCAGUUCUUGAACUGUUUCGGUCGUCGAAUGUGCAUAGUUGUUUAUUGUUGUCGAGAAACCUGAUAAACAGAUUUUACGUACAAA